CACACACACACACACAUAUACACGAAAAUCGCCACUCGGCAACUGUAUUUGUUUACCCCGUAACCAUGGUAACCGUUCCUUCAUUUCCUCUGGCAGUAAACAUUACAUUCACACAGCGAGUACAUCACAACCAUAACACUACUGACAUCAAAAACACAGGUCCCUUGAUGUUGUUACUGGGCUGCCACACACGAAAACCACACCAGUACAUUGAGACGCCAAGUUGAGGCUGGCAGCUCACCAGUAUUGCCAAGUGCGCGGCGCCGACACUUUAAAGCCGCCGUGCCGACUCAACGCACUGAGGCUGCUGCUGGCCCUGCACGGCGCUGUGGCUAAGCCCGCCCCACCCAUUGCAACUCGAGGGAAUAACCCACCACUGAGAGGCACGGCAGGAAACCCACUCCUCCUGCCUCCACCACGGGCCAAGCGCUGGAUGACAGGGGCGUGCCUCACUGCCCUGGCAACACUGGCCGGCACUGUGUAUCCUGUGACACGAGCCAGGCACUGCUGACACUGUGCCCGGAAUAUAAACGACAGUAGUGUGCCAUUGCAACCACACACACGGAGGAGGAGAACGCAGUAAAGGCGAACACCUAUCUGAAAUAAAAGUACUGCUGACGUAGAAUAACAGAGAGGAACAAACUUAGGCAGCGGGGAGGCACGUCAGGCAGUUAUCGUGAGGUGCCCUUAAAGAAUUCCAGUACAUCGACCUGUCACUUCCAAAUACUUGCCUUAAGAAAAGCGGAGUCGUGUUACGGCUGUGUGGCCAAGAGUGGGACCAAUAUGCAAAUACAGUGGCCAUGAUGGCAGCAGCACCCUCAAACUGUCACGAACUCAACCUUUCAAGACGUGACCUGGCAUGUGGAGGCGGCCUCGUCCUCCCUGAAGAGACAUGAGGAGUAAUGACGCUGUGAUAUUUCCCUGACAUGUGACCACCCCCAAUCCCGCCCGAGAAUGGAGUGCUGGAGGAAGGACAUUGAGCUGUCAAGUGUGGUGGUGCAGUGUAGGAGUCUGGUGUCAGUGCUGGAGGGCUGUCUGGGGCCCUGUGGGAAGGCAGUCCUCCUAGAGAAGGCCGGGUGUGUCAUCAUUACCAAGGAUGGGAUGGAGCUGCUGUCCCACCUAGAGGUGUGCGACCCCCUGGUGAGUAUAGUGGUGCGGGGGGUGCUGGACCACACCAGGGUGCUUGGUGACGGCUGCAAGGCCACCCUCUUCCUACUGCACCGCCUCCUCAGCUCCCUGGACACUCAUGUCCCACAAAACUCUGGCACGAUGCAAGGAAUCAGAAGGCAGAGACUCAUACAGAUUGUGCAGCAGAUAAGGAACCAUGUGUUGGGUGUUGUCCAAAGAGAUGUCAUCAAGUAUGGUGCUCAAGUGUACCCUCUGAACAGCUUUGAGGUGUUUUCCCAUCUGCUGCACAACUCUGCUGAAGACUUUUUUAUUACUAAGUUUUCAAAACUCAUUGCUAGAAAUCUCGCAAGACUUUUUUCUACCUACAUUUCUUGUGUAUGUAGCAGUAGUAGAGAACUUGUGAAACUGAUCAAAGAUUUAGCAAUAAAAGCUCACACUGCAGUUGUUGAGAUCUAUCACAUGCCACUGAUGAUGUCACACGUGCUCCAUGGGUUUGUGGUCACCAGAAACUUCCGCUACCUACACAGAGGCAUGAAGUUUAACAAGGUUUGCUGUGCCUGGUGGUCUAUGAACCUAGAGGAGGAGGAAGAGGAGGGUCUCCCUAGAGCCACCAUAGAGACCAGCCUCAGGGAGAUACUGGUUGGGGGCAUCCUAAUAAAGAGAAAUUCAGUUGAACGAAGCCUGGCCCACCUGUCCUCACUUGGGACAGAGCUGGUGUUCUCCUCACUCCACUUCCCUGACUGGGCCGUCUCCCUGUGUGCCAAGUACGGCAUAUCCCUGCUGGACUCCGUGGAUGGAGACGAGCGGGACUUUUUGGCUGAGCGCCUGGGUGUGCUGCCCAUCAUGGAGGAGAGGGAUGUACACCCUGGUGUACUGAGGAGCAUAGACAAGAUAGAGCCUCUGAACCUGGGCACAUGCAGGUUCAUGCAACUCAGUGGCCUUGGUGUGCACCAGAUACUGCUCUGUGGCCCCACACCUGCUCAGUGCAGACAGUUUUCAGCAUGUUUUCUUCAGUUUUUUAGGUACCUCAGUUCCUGGGUAGCAGACUGUGUGGAUUUCUCACAGAGUAGUGACAUAUACACUUGUGAUGCUGCUGCUGCUGCUGGCUGCAGGGACAGCUUCUCUCCUCCCUUCAGUCCUGAUGAGCUUCCCCGGUGUGAGCUUUCCCCAGUGCUGACUGAGGCCCACUCUUCGGCUCCCACGAGCCCAACCACUGUGGCAAUGUUCUUCACGGUGCCACACGGGGGCUAUGGGGAGCUGCUGGCUAAGUACCUGGUGUCAGAGAAUAUUUCAGUAAACAUAAAGAACACCAUUAUAAAGUCUGUUGUUCUGGAUGUUUUUAAUGAAUUACCAAGCUUAUUAUACAGGAAGUCUCAGUUUUCUCAAAAGAGCUAUGUUGAAUUUCAAACCAAACUGUUUAGUAAUUUCACAGAACUGAGAAAUAAUAACCAAGUCAUGCUGUCUCACAUGCUAAAAGACAACAGGUUCAGAGGAUACCACAAUCCAUUUUUGCUUUUCAAACUCCUGAAUUGUGUGCUGCACUUAGCAGAGUAUCUCCUGAGAAUUGAGUGCAUUGUUCCUGCCAAACAAAGAAUUUCACAACGGACUAGACACUGCAGCAGUGACAGUGAGAGUGAAUAGACCACCUCAGUCACCAAGAACAGCCACAGCACACACAACCAGUCACCCUCCACUGCCAUGGAGUUUCCACUCAAACAGCAACUAUACUCCCUACCAAUGCCAACCUUCACCCAACACUCUUCACACCUCAUGACACCGGAAAGAUACAUCCCUGACCACCACAUAUUUCUUCCACCAGUAUACGUAAUCACUGAAUGGUGUUUUAUACCUGGACUGUGUAAUGGUUGACAAUAUACUGCUUUUUUACUUAUUAUUAUUAAGUACAGUUUCCUAACAUGAACUCAGAAAAUGUUGUGUUCUUUUGAAAUGGUGGAGUUGAGAGGAGCACUCCAGCCAGCAAGGAGGGACGUUGUGUUACUUGAGUGUUUUGGAUCCAUGGUCCUGGGAACACCCGCUGCUCCUGUGAACAUGGAACCACACACACAAGAGGGAAGGGUGUCUGAGCCAAAGGACAUGAACAUAAGCAUGCACACAACUGUAAUGCAAUUCAAGAUAAUAAAAAUGUCUUUCAUUUCAUACA